AUGGGGAUUUACGUCGAGCAUGCUGGAGAAGUUGAGUCAAGCACAAAAGUUAAUGAUCUAAAUGAUGCUGGAACAGUCACUCAUGAUGAUUUAGAUUUUGAUCAGGGUACUUCUAGAGACCAAACAACAGUUAGCACCCCUAACUUACCCAAUGACCCUCAACCUCAAGGAUGCCAACAUGGGAGGAAACAAAGUACUGUAAUAAUUACUGGACCUAGUUUUGCAAAAUUAGAAAAUAGUCAUGAUGUUGGCCAUGAAAAAGAGUCAUUUGCAGUUGUUGGUGGGAAUGAAAUACAAAGUUCAGAUAUAGAGCAAGAACAGUCUGAAAAUCACGGUGGUAUUCUCACUACAUGUGAAAAUAAAGUUGAAAACUUUGUAUCAAAUUGUAACAAUGAUAUAGCAAGAGCUAAAUCCAAAGAUUUUAAGCAAAGUGUUGAAACAGAUAAACAUCAUAUGAUUGUAAUGGACAUUGUUGAAGAUACAGAUCAACUUAAAGAUGCAGGAGGUUUCAAGAAAGAAGAAAAUGUAUGCAACUUGCUAACUCAUUUACAUAACACAGAACCAGAUAAAGACGAUGAUGACAUUUUUGAGGAGGUUGAAUUGACAGCAAUUAUAGAUAGCAUUAACAUGAAGGAUAUGUCAGGAAAUGACUCAGACUCUUUGAUUGAAAUUGAUAUCCCAAUACCAACCAGUAAAACAUCUACAAUAAAUGCAGUCCAACAAGAUGCUACUGUCAUACCUGGACAGACCAUUCCACUGACCAAGACAAACGAACUGGAAAAAUAUGAGACCAGUGACAAUGAUGACCAAGAUGACAUGGCAGAUAAAGACUAUAUUCCAGGCACUUCUAGCGAGUCAGAGAGUGAAGGAAGUGAUAUAUCUGAUGUUAUUGAAGUCCAGCGAACUUGUGAGAAAGAGGAUGAUAAUAGAAAACCUGAAACUGAAAAAGAAAAAAGUAGCGAUAGAAAUAAAGACAUAUAUGUUUCAGUUAGUACAAAAUACAAAGACGGGUCAAGAAAAUGGGACAAAAGGCAUAUGUGUGUAUACUGUAAGAAAACUUAUCCAGGAAAGCUCCCUAGACACUUUGAGUCGAUGCAUAAAAAUGAACUUGCUGUACAGAGAGCUUUAGCAUAUGAUAAAGGUUCAAAAAACAGAAAGAGGGCAUGGAAAGAGAUCACUAAUCAAGGAGACUUUGAAAACAACUUGAAAGUUUAUGAAGCUGGAGUUGGGGAAAUAAUCCCUUGUAAACGUCCUCGAAUUGUUACUAAAGGAACUCAGUUUGUACAGUGCAAGGAAUGCAAAGGAACAUACAUGCGGUCCAGUCUUUGGCGCCAUGUAAAAUCAGCCCACCCUGAAAAGAAGGGAAGAAAUCACCAAGUAGACAGUGCUUCAUCUGUUUCUGCUAUUGCUAAUCAAGGAUUUAGAGAAAAGAUAUUAGAUAAGAUGACAAAUGAUACAGUUUCCAUUGUUGCCCGUACAGAUAAUGACAUUGUGACUUUUGGACAAAGGCAGUUCAUUAAACAUGCCCGGUAA